CUUGUUGCAGCGGCAUGUAUGAUAACAGCAGUGGGCGUGUACCCACUGGGCUGGGACGUGGCGGAGGUGCGGCGCACGUGUGGCCCCCUGGCGGGCGCCUACCGACUGGGCGACUGCUCGCUGCGUUGGGCCUACCUGUUGGCGGUCAUCGGCUGCCUAGACGCCGCCAUUUUGGCCACACUCGCCUUCAUUCUGGCCACCAGGCAUGUCAAGCUGCAGCCCGAACCUGUCUACGGUACGGCGGGCACGGGAUCUAUGUACAAAGGUGAAGUGAACGGCGGUUUCCUGGGUGACACCCAAUCGAUGGCGGGCUCUCGAAAAUCGCUGAAUCUGCAUCCUGUGCUGUUGAUGCCCCAGCCGGGCCACGAGGCGGAUCGGUAUUCGGAGUUCUCCAAUCGCACGGGUCGAUCAAAGUCAUCCGCGUUCAGGCCUGAAUACGGGGCCAGCAUACAGAACUUCCAGCUAUGAUAAUAUACACAAUUUACAGCUAUGAUAGAUGACAGAGAUUCCAGCUAAGAUAGUAUAUACAGAACUACCAGCUGUGAUAGUAUGCAGACUUCCAGCUAUGAUAAUAUAGGCUACAGAACUUCCAGAUUAAUAAAAACAAUAUAAAAACUUGAAAUACCCUUUAUUAUUAAAAACUUUGUGCCACACUGCACAGAAAGCAGCUGUUUUCCAGUCCCUAAGUAGAUCUGAAAGACAUUGUU